GGGGCGCCAGCGGCUGGCGGGAUCCUGCGAGGCGCGUGAAGCCUCGCUGGCGCCUCGUCUGGACUCCAGACGCUGGCGGCCGCGGAGUUUCUCACGACUGGGGGAGCCCGCCUCUGCUGACUGCAUUUCAGAAAGCAUCAACUUUUCGUCAGUGGACCCAUUUGUCAAGUGAAAUAUGCCUGCACUGUUUUAAAAAGCUUUGUGCUUCAUCAUGGAAAAAUUUCCUCCCCUGCCAAAAUGAAAGACAUUUGAGAAGGUGAUUUAAGGUGUGGACAUUUGAGAAAGUGCCCCAUCAAAUCAGUAAACCUCAAGAUAAGAGUUAAAUAGAUUAAUCCUAAACACUUAUUUUUUAAACCAGGAGGAUUUCAUCUUAAUAGAAAAACAACUUUUAUUCAAUAUGUAUUUUCUGAGAUUAAAAGAGAGAGACAAGAGUAGACUUAAAAGAAAAUAAAUGAAGAUGGUUAGUAAAGAAGCAAUGUCAACUCUUUUCUGAUGAGGAUAAUUCAGUAAUGUUAAAUCCUUUCCAAAUCCUUGGUUGUGGUCCUAAAGACAAGACUUGUUUUUGAUGGGACUGAUGCUAAGGGAAGUAGGACCUUUUUUGUAUUCUACUCACAGUUGUAGAAGUUGCAGUCAUUGGCAUGAGUGGCUUAAAAGAGGAAUAAAAUUGUUUUCAAUUAAAUCCAAAAGUACAGUCAUUUUUUUACUGCUGUGAUUUUAAAAGCCUCUUCAUAACCACUGAAAAAAGAAUUGACAACUCUUUUAAAAGAUUAAAGAAAGGCAGAUGUCUGCAAACAAUUCCCCUCCAUCAGCCCAGAAGUCUGUAUUACCUGCUACUCUUCCUGCUGUGCUUCCAGCUCCUUCUCCCUGUUCAAGUCCUAAAACAGGACUGUCUGCCCGACUCUCUAAUGGAAGCUUCAGUGCACCAUCACUCACCAACUCCAGAGGCUCAGAGCAUACAAUUUCAUUUCUGCUGCAAAUUGGCCUUACACGGGAGAGCGUUACCAUCGAAGCCCAGGAACUAUCUUUAUCUGCCGUCAAGGAUCUUGUGUGCUCCGUUGUUUAUCAAAAGUUUCCAGAGUGUGGAUUCUUUGGCAUGUAUGACAAAAUUCUUCUCUUUCGCCAUGACAUGAACUCAGAAAAUAUUUUGCAGCUGAUUACCUCAGCAGAUGAAAUACAUGAAGGAGACCUAGUAGAAGUUGUUCUUUCAGCUUUGGCCACAGUAGAAGAUUUCCAGAUUCGUCCACAUACUCUAUAUGUACAUUCUUAUAAAGCUCCUACUUUUUGUGAUUAUUGUGGUGAGAUGCUCUGGGGAUUGGUACGUCAAGGACUGAAAUGUGAAGGCUGUGGAUUAAAUUAUCACAAACGAUGUGCUUUUAAGAUUCCAAAUAACUGUAGUGGAGUAAGAAAGAGACGUUUAUCAAAUGUAUCUCUGCCAGGACCUGGCCUCUCAUUUCCAAGACUCCUACAGACUGAUUAUGUACCCCUUCCCACAGAAGAGUCACAUGUUCACCAAGAACCAAGUAAGAGAAUUCCUUCCUGGAGUGGUCGCCCAAUCUGGAUGGAAAAGAUGGUAAUGUGCAGAGUAAAAGUUCCACACACAUUUGCUGUUCAUUCUUACACCCGUCCCACAAUAUGUCAGUAUUGCAAGCGGUUACUGAAAGGCCUCUUUCGCCAAGGAAUGCAGUGUAAAGAUUGUAAAUUCAACUGCCAUAAACGCUGUGCAUCAAAAGUACCAAGGGACUGCCUUGGAGAGGUUACUUUCAAUGGAGAACCUUCCAGUCUGGGAGCAGAUACAGAUAUACCUAUGGAUAUCGACAGCAGUGAUAUGAACAGUGAUGGUAGUCGGGGAUUGGAUGACACAGAAGAACCAUCUCCUCCAGAAGACAAAAUGUUCUUCUUGGAUCCAUCUGAUCUUGAUGUGGAAAGAGAUGAGGAAGCCGUGAAAACAAUCAGUCCAUCAACAAGCAGUAAUAUUCCGCUAAUGAGGGUUGUACAGUCCAUCAAGCACACAAAGAGGAAGAGCAGCACGAUGGUGAAGGAAGGGUGGAUGGUCCAUUACAGCAGCAGGGACACCCUGAGAAAGAGGCAUUACUGGAGACUGGACAGCAAGUGUCUAACAUUAUUUCAAAAUGAAUCUGGAUCAAAGUACUAUAAGGAAAUUCCACUUUCAGAAAUUCUUCGCAUAUCUUCGCCACAAGAUUUCACAAACAUUUCACAAGGCAGCAACCCACACUGUUUUGAAAUCAUCACUGAUACUAUGGUAUACUUUGUUGGGGAGAACAAUGGGGACAGCUCCCACAAUCCUGUUCUUGCUGCCACUGGAGUUGGAGUUGAUGUAGCACAGAGCUGGGAAAAAGCAAUUCGCCAAGCUCUCAUGCCUGUUACCCCUCAAGCAAGUGUUUGCACUUCUCCGGGGCAAGGGAAAGAUCACAAAGAUUUGUCUACUAGUAUCUCUGUAUCUAAUUGUCAGAUCCAAGAAAAUGUGGACAUUAGCACUGUUUACCAGAUCUUUGCCGACGAGGUGCUUGGUUCAGGCCAGUUUGGUAUCGUCUAUGGAGGAAAACAUAGAAAAACUGGAAGGGAUGUGGCUAUUAAAGUAAUUGAUAAGAUGAGGUUCCCCACAAAACAGGAAAGUCAACUCCGUAAUGAAGUGGCUAUUUUACAGAAUUUGCACCAUCCUGGGAUUGUAAACCUGGAAUGUAUGUUUGAAACUCCAGAACGAGUUUUUGUGGUAAUGGAAAAGCUACAUGGAGAUAUGUUGGAAAUGAUUCUAUCCAGUGAGAAAAGUCGACUUCCAGAACGAAUUACCAAAUUCAUGGUCACACAGAUCCUUGUUGCCUUGAGGAAUCUCCAUUUUAAGAAUAUUGUACACUGUGAUUUAAAGCCAGAAAAUGUGCUGCUUGCAUCAGCAGAGCCAUUUCCUCAGGUGAAGCUGUGUGACUUUGGUUUUGCACGCAUCAUUGGUGAAAAGUCAUUCAGGAGAUCUGUGGUAGGAACUCCAGCAUACUUAGCCCCUGAAGUUCUCAGGAGCAAAGGUUACAACCGUUCUCUAGAUAUGUGGUCAGUGGGAGUUAUCGUCUAUGUGAGCCUCAGUGGCACAUUUCCUUUUAAUGAAGAUGAAGAUAUAAAUGACCAAAUCCAAAAUGCUGCAUUUAUGUACCCACCAAAUCCGUGGAGAGAAAUUUCUGGUGAAGCAAUUGAUUUGAUAAACAACCUACUUCAAGUGAAGAUGAGAAAACGAUACAGUGUGGAUAAAUCUCUUAGUCAUCCCUGGCUGCAGGACUAUCAGACUUGGCUUGACCUUAGAGAGUUUGAAACUCGCAUCGGCGAACGUUACAUUACACAUGAAAGUGAUGAUGCCCGCUGGGAAGUACAUGCAUACACCCACAAUCUUGUGUACCCAAAGCACUUCAUUAUGGCUCCCAAUCCAGAUGACAUGGAGGAAGAUCCUUAAUUAUCAGUGAGCCUGACUACAGUAAGGAAGGAUUUCAUUUUAUGGACUGAUACUCCUACUUUGCUGCGCGACUGUUGUUCUUUGUAGGUGGUCAUCUGCAAGGGUGCAAAGACAUGGGGAAAUCUAAUAAGGAAUUGGUGAUUCCUGUCCUGUAGUUCAUCGUGAGUAGGUGCAAGAGGGGAAACUGAGUAAUAAAUACAAUGGAACCAAGAUGAAGCUUUUCAUAAUUUUUAUGGCAUAAACAAUGACUGGUUUUUUUGUAUUUUUUCCUAAUCCUUCACUUUAGUACUAUAGUGGCAUUUAAUUUAUCUUCCCUUUCCUGUUCUUACAUUAUUUUUUAAAAAGGAGAAAAAGGAAAGCUUAGAGUCCAACCAUUGCAUGUCUUGAUCAAAUCAUGUUAAGUUUUAAGGUUGAAAAGGAGAAAAAGGAAAGCUUAGAGUCCAGCCAUUGCAUGUCUUGAUCAAAUCAUGUUAAGUUUUAAGGUUGAUUACUAACCAGGUUUGCAUUUAAUAUAUAACUGAGGAGGAGCCCCCAGCAUGUGAUUUCCUUUGAGGGCUCUAAACAUUUGUUUAACCAGAGGCACACGGGGUUUUUCCUAGGCACCUAGAAAUGUUUCCUAGAUCCUAGGCUGUUUUACUUUUUUUUUUUUUAAGGUCAGUCAAAAUUCCAAAACCAUGAUCCCCAACCUUUGAUGCUAAAUUCUUAAUAGGUUCUCUACAACAUAAAAAUUAAGUUGUCACCUUUUGUGAGUUUGUUGUAACAGCCUCUAAGAUAGUUUUGAACAAUUGGUGUCACGGGACCAGGAGGAAGGCCUGCUGGUCUCUCUCUUCCUCACUCAGCUCCUCCACUUGCUGUGUACUCCUGUUCCCACUGACACCACUGUAAUGCCACAACUGGUUUCCAACAUUCAAUGGCUAUAUAUCCAAACCUUAAUUACACAAUUUAUCUUUAUGGAGUUGAAUACUUUGAGGAAGAAAAUUACUAAAAGGCCAGUGCAGGAUCAGUUAAUGCUACAGAGAAGAACAGCUAAGAGUGUAUCCUUUUUUUUUCUUCCCUUAGCUUACUGGAAAGCUUUCCAGUAUCUAGAAUGUUUUUAAAUCAUUUUAAGCAGGUUGGGGGGGAGUGGAUGGGGUGAAGCAUCAAACACCCAUUUUAUUCUUUCAUUUGCUCUGCUGAUACUGUAGCCCUACUUUUACAGUUUGUUUUUUUUUAACAUGUUAGUACCAGCAGCCAGCUAAAGUUUUUCUACUCAGAUAAAAUGUUGUUUAAGAGGUUAGACUUUUUUUAAAACUAUGAAAAAGUUACUGUUUUCUCCUCCAAAAAAGUUUAAGAUCUGGGACCACCCACUUAUUAAAAAAAAAAAAAAAAACUAGUGGCUUUUUGUGUCUUCAUUCCACAGUAAUCACUGUAAACUUUUCUUAUUCUCCUCAAAAAGAGCUAAAGAUUUGGAGUCAGAAAAUCCAGUAUUAAGUCUUAGCUUCAAUCUGUCUGAGCCUCAAGAUCGUCAGUCUAUAAAAUGAACAUCAUAAUUCUGGCCUAUACUAUCCUCACAGUGUUGUUGUGAAGAUGGGCUAGUAUGAAGAUACUCAGUCAAUAAACUAAAAAACUAAAGCGUUAACUGUCAUUGCCCCACUGGAUCUGAGGUAGCAAAGGAAAAGAAUGUCCCUGUGUACAAUCUAAGCCAGAGAGGGCCUUUGGGGGAGCCCUAAGCUACUGCCAAGGGAGUAGCCAACCUGCAGUCUGUGUUCUGAGAUCUUUACGAAUUUUUACCUACCCUCAAAAAAGCCACAAAGUGAGUGCAUUAUGGACUUCAUCUCACAGAUAGGAAACUGAGGCAUAGGAAGAUUAAGUAACCAGCUACUGAGGGUCACAGCAUGUGAAUGUGAACCCCGGCAGUGUGGCCCAGCCCCUCUGACCCCUGUGAAUCACUGUGCUGCAUUGCCUACCCAUAAACCUAUACAGGAAACAGUCUACAAGGUCUCUCAGUAUUUCAUUCCCCUAUAGGAGUUUAAAACAUGUAACCAAAUUUUGCAAAACCUUUUAGAAAUGUAUUUUCUCUGUGAUAAAGGAGGACUUCCCCAAAUUUGUCCCAAGUAAAUCUGUUAAUAUCAAUGUGCUAAAAUGGAGUAAUUUUGAAUCCCUAGGCAUCCUUUUGUGGUUUUACUGCAUAAGGUGAAAAUUAACUGGAAUGAUGAUGUUUGCUCUACUUAUAUAAUCAAACUUUACAAGCCAUGAAACUAAUUGCACUCUUUUUUUGUUUAUGUUGUUGAAUGCCUAAGAAAUUUUCUAAACAAAAUUUGUAAAGGCACUGUCAGAUAUUUUGGAGUUGAGUCAUUUACUCCAGAUACUGUAUAACCUGCAUAGCCAUUUUUGUCUUGAAGUUGUUUUUGUAUAAGAAAUAAUUGUUAGAAACAUUUGAUAAUGUACAAAGUAGUCUAUAAUGACACUGUUUAGUACAUUUUUUAUUUUUGUUACAUCCCAAUUUUUGUAAAUAUCCUCAAAGAAGCUUGAUAAUAAAAUGUAUUUCCAUAUCACCAUACUUUUCCAUGUGAAAACCUGAGCCUAUCUCUAGUAGAGGUAUCCAAAGAAAAUUUUAUUUGGUUUGUUAUUUUCCCAGGCCUUGAUAAAAGAACUAUUUUGAAAAUAGUGUUUGUAAAUUGAAUUAAUGCUAUAUUUAAAACACUUUUUUUUUGACUACCUAAAAUAAAAAACAAUUCAUUAUUUUAAUUUUAUAUGAAAUUUGAGGUAAUUAUCUGGAGGUCUUAUUUCUUGGCAUGAAAGUUUAGAAUAAUUAUGACUACAAAUUUUUCAGGAGCUACCAUCAAGUAUUCAAUUACUGUACCUGCUACAAGACUUACGUAAGCCAGAUGCCAUUCAAAGUGAACUUUCUAGGUUUUAAGAUAUACAAGGAAUUGCCUGAUUCCUUGGGCAAUUGGGAUUAAUGGGAUUAAUGGGCAAUUAAUGGGAUUGCCUCCCAUUAAUUAUAAAACCUUAAAAUAAUCGAGAGGUGCCAAUGUUGGGGACUUUCACCGUCCAGAAAUUCUCCAACUCUUUGAAAAAAGAAAACAUGGAAAAAAAAAUAAGGGUGACUAUAAAUGGCCCAAGGCGAGGCAGCAUAUGAAAAAUAAGCCCUCUAUCUUCCUACUUUAGAGUGAGACACAGAAUGCUGGUCCUGUUCUGAGUUAAAGCAAACAAGCAAUAGAAAGCCAAGAGUUGACCACUCUGCCAGUAAACUUCCAAAAGAGUUACGCUAUAAGUUCAAAACAUAUGGCUGAUAUUCUGGCUGAUAUUGUUUUCCUUUAAUUUCAUUUUAAGCUUAUGUUGCCAAUAUAACAAUUCUUCAGAAAGUCUAUACUGGUAUUAAUAUAAAGUUCUGUGAACCAAAAAAAGGGAACAGAACAAAAAACUUGACAGUUACCUGAAAAUGACGGAGAAUUAGCUCAAAUCAAAAAAUUAUUCCUCCUAUGUAGUCUACAUUAACUCAUAUUUCAGGUACAUGUUAGGUUUACUAGUUAGUUUUUUAAGAUUUUAUUUUGAAAGAACAGGAGUAUAAGCAAGGGGAGAGGGAGAAUCCUGAGUAGAUGCUGCACUAAGUGCAGAGCCUGACAUGGGGCUGGAGAUCCCACAACUCCCAAAAUCGUGACCUGAGCUAAAAUCAAGAGUCAGACACUCCUCAGACUGAGUCACCCAGGCACCCCUAAAUUUUUUAAAUCUAAUUGUUUUUCAUUAUAAGAUUCACAGAAGCAGAGGGUAAAAAAAUUACCACAAGGAACAAAUCUCAACUCCUCCAACCCACUUCCACAUUGGGAUAUUUAGUAGUGAUUAAUGGGCAUCCUUUCCUUACUUUUUAUAUAUAAGUAACUAUCACAGAAAACAACCAGUCUACACUAAUAUAUUAAUUUCUAUGAAAUUACUUACAAGCAUUUCUUUAAAUGUAGCUUUUCCCCCAACAAAAAUGGAAUCAUAACUAUAAAACAUUCUCCACUGUACCUUUUUUACUUUCACAGUCUUAGAGUUGGUUCAGAACAUACUGCUCUACCUCAUUUUUUUUUUUUAAAUAAUAAAUGGAUAGUUCUAUUUAAUCCAUUCCCUGUGAAAGGCCGGUUAGGUUCUAGUUU